UUAUCGUGAGGAAGAACCAUCUAGACAAGGGGGAAAGUUUGGGCCAGACAUGCAGCUGCUAGUGAGGGGCCUCUGCUACUCAAGCCGCGAGGAGUUGACAAGACUGUUCACUGAACCCUGAGCCGCAGCUACAAGAGUGCAUGACUUGAACUUCAUCGCUAACCUAUAGGGUGUUCAUAUAUUCGCGUGACAAUGUGGAAAAUAGCGUUGGAUGGAAGGUGGACACGUGGGUAGUGAUGAGGGUGCCCACUGUCUGUAGCGUCACCGUGCCACGCAUCAACCCCUCCCACACCCAACUCAAAGACAGUCACGGCAGGACCACGGAUGAGUUAUUUAAGAAUCAGAAGGGAGAAAUAACAAGUUAAGGCCACGAUUGAAGCUUGAAAGGACCGCAGAAGUGUUGACGGUCGCCAGGAUACGGUGAGCAGGUGGUAGUUAAGGCAGACGCAGCACCUCCCCUUGCAAGAUGCUGGCCGCCGCGAAGUGUCUCUUGGUUCUCUUCCUCGCCAUUGCCUCCGCUGAGACUGAUGCAGGCUCGGGGAAGAAUUUCUUAGCCUACGACUUCCUAUACCAAGAGGGCGUGAAGAUGUACUUACAGGAGGACUGGGAGGGGUGCGCCAUGAACAUGGAGCUGGCAUUGAAGGGCUGGCAUUGGUGGAACGACAACACCGCCAGUUGUCGCAAGAACUGCAGUCAUGAGGCAAGAGAGAAGGAGCUGCUGGCCACCCACACUGAUGAGGAGGACAGGUACUUUGAGCACAUCCUGCACAGCACACUCUGCCUCAUCAAGUGCAAGAAUGAAGCAUUUGGGCCGCAGCGAGACCGUGUGGUGGAGAGCAAGGUACUCGCUGAAUUUAAGGAUAUGAAGCCCUAUGACUACCUGCAACUGUGUUAUUACCGGCUGGGCCGGAUGAAUGAUGCUGCAAAUGCAGCAGCAACAGUACUGGCAGUGCAGCCCGACAAUGAGGUGAUGUCAGAGAACAUGAGAUACUACCUGGAGGAGGGAGGAAUAGAUGCCGAGAAUGUGGUGAACUUGGAGAUGAAGCCAUAUGCCCAGGAGUAUGUGAAAGCGACAGUGGCAUACAAGGAGAACAACUUUGACCUGACCAUCACCCACAUGGAGCACAGCCUCAAGAUGUUCCUGGAGGAGUACCAGAACUGCCGCUACAUGUGUGAGAGCCCUUUCGACCAGGGCUGGUUCCCAGAUUUUGUCAGCUCUGUCGCCAACCACUUCACCUUCACCCUGCGCUGCAAGAGGAAGUGUCUGUGGCAGCUGAGUGACCUCUAUGGGGAGAUUGACGACAAUUUCCUGCCUUCCUAUUUUGAUUAUCUCCAGUAUGCUUACUUCCAGAAGGGAGAGACAAGGAAGGCAUGUGAAGCCCUGGCCUCAUUCCUACACCUCAACCCAAAGGACGAGGUGCAGAACCGCAACAAGGAGUUCUAUGACAGUGUGGAGGAGGUCACUCAGGACAUGUUCGUGCCCAGGAAGGAGGUGGUUGCCUUGAAGGAGCGGGAGGACUAUGAGGAGCAGCUGAUGGCCUUCAUUGAGAGCAACUUUGCCUUCCUGACUGAUGAGUUUUGGGAUGAAGAAGAUACAACAGAAGCAGAGCAGGUUGGUGAAUCUGAUAACUCAACCACUACUUCUACCACUGCAGAGUUGGACACCAGCUCUGUAAUUGUGGGCACAGCAGAAGUUAUUAAUGAAGAAUUAUAUUCAAGCUGUAAAACUCUCAAGACCUUGUUCCUAGAGACCUUGAGGCAAAGAUGUGAGAGGCCCCUGGCAGCUCUCAGUGAUGGCAGUAGGCUUGCUUUGUCAGUUGUUCUGCUUCUUGCUGGUCUCAAAGUUUCCAGCUACCACCUUGGGUUUGACAAAAUGAUAAAGUGUAUCUUAGUUGGAGAGUGGAACAGAAUCAGGAAAACAACAUGGAAUCAACAGCACACUCAGAACCUCCUUAUAGACAUUCACAUUAAAAUACCAGACCUAUCAUUCCAGCCAAAGUCAAAGGGAAUGUCCAAGGAAGUCCACAAUUUCCGAAGUCGAGUGGUGAGUCAGCUGAAAAGUCUCUCGGAGCUGGGUGUCAAGGCAGUGAGCGGGGAAUGGGAGAGAGCCAGGCAGGACAGGCUGGUUGCGGAUGGCCUCACCUCCACCCUGGAGUGUAUGGUGCUGACUGAGCUGACAAGGUUGGGUGCCGUGGAAGGUGAUGGUUACAAGGGUGGCUACUCCCCUCACACCCCUGCUGAGGCUUUCCAGGGCAUCUCACUGGGCCGCGCUGGACUGAUGGUCCACGCUGGUCUCAUUGACAAGGCAGCCCUGGAGCUGAUCCUGAGAGUGACAGACCGGUGCAGGGACUACAUAGAGAGACACUUUCACUUGUCACAGCAACUCUACUUCGCCUACACCCACCUCGUGUGUCGCACCGCCAAGCCUGAAAUGAACCACAACCGCUCAGCUCUGGACUUGAGCCAUGAGGUUCACGCAGACAACUGUAUCUUGCAGGACUCUGGGGAGUGCCUGAGGGUGCCACCUGCAUACACCUAUAGGGAUUACAGUGCAAUAUUGUACCUCAAUGAUGAUUUUGAGGGAGGAGAGUUCAUCUUCACCCAAGACAAGUCUGGACUCACCUACGAGUCCAGUGUGAAGCCUCAGUGUGGCCGACUGGUGGGCUUCUCCUCGGGGCCAGAGAACCCUCAUGGUGUGCUGCCAGUGCGGAAGGGGACGAGGUGCUCCGUGGGGAUGUGGUUCACGCACGACCAGCGGCACAAUGAGGUGGAGAGGACCAUGGCAUCACUCUUCCUCAAGCAGCUCAACGCCAACCAGAUCUAAAGAGGAAUGUGGACAGGUGGGAGUGGCAAGCUUGUGUCUUAACUCCAUAGGUAGAUAUUUUUGUUUUUAUUUGUUUUCUUUUUGUUUUGUUUGUUUGUUAUUUUGCUUUUAUGUGUUUUGUUUCUGUGGAUUUUUUUUUUUUAGUCUGUUUUGCUCUCAUUUUGUUCUUGUUUGUUUUCGCUGCUGUUACUGUCAGUUUUCCUUCCUUGUUUUUCAUUUAGUGUUCAUGAUUCUCUCUCUCUCUCUCUCUCUCUCUCUCUCUCUCUCUCUCUCUCUCUCUCUCUCUCUCUCUCUCUCUCUCUCUCUCUCUCUCUCUCUCUCUCUCUCUCUCUCUCUCUCUCCAGGAGCAAGAGAAGUUUAAGACAUUAAUGCACUGUAUAGUACUUGGAAUUAUGACUAUUUUCCUAUGUGAUACAUUGAAUAUUUGAUAGGCACUCUUGUUUAUAUGGCAAGAUGCUUAUUCAGUCAUGACAUUAUGGUGCUAUGUGUGUGUGUGUGUGUGUGUGUGUCAAGGCAGCAUGUGUUGAUGUACUGUAGUUUCCUAGUUUACCUGAGAAUGCAAGAAAAUCAAGAAAGCUGCAGAAGACUAGUAUAUCUUCACAAGGCAGCUCCUGAGACACUUUCCUGUAUACUGUAUUCUGUAUUAGUUGUAUUCAUGUAGUUAGAAUGCACCUUUCUAUUCCUGUGUGCCUGUGUUGCUCAGAUUUGUAGUUUCGUUAUGUUGUGUAUUGCUAUUUGUGCUGUGGGUGAGGUGAAGGUAUGUUCUGUAUAGUAGUGUUUGAUUUUUCACAUAGUUCUUCAUCUACAUAUCUUUAAUCUUUAAAAUCCAGGUGGCUUCUUGAAAUAUAUCAAAUCAGUCUGUUCCAACUUGAAAUCGUAUGAAACUAGAUACUUUUAGACCAAGAAUUUUACUAGACACAACACACAGCUCACUGAUUUUAAGACAGCACCCAUGUGUCGUAAUCCUCCAACUUCCCUUUAAGGUUAGGCAGAGUCUAUGCAGGAACUGCACUAAUUAUUUAUACCCCAAGUACUUCAAAGUUUAAGUCCAGGUUACCAAGAGUUAAGGCUGGGGUUCUCACAGUGGGGUAAGCCACAAAUGCAGUUCAGAAAAGCUAACAUUAUUUACUAACCAGUAAAUAAACAUUCCAACAAUACACAAAGACAAAAAAUCCACCACAUUUUAAAACUUUGAGUAAGUUUUCAAUCUUGACGUCACUAUUCACUUUACUUUAGUAGGGCUUUAUCAACCAACUCAGGUCAUUCAGUAAUGCACAACACACAAACAUGUAAAUGCACAUACAAUAUAAUCAAUCACAUAAAAGAACAAUGAAAUGCAACAUUAAAAUAUUAGCACUACAUGUGCCACAAAAAGAUAUUAAAUCACUCAUUAAGAUUCAGUAUUAUAUCAACACAUGAAAAAUAACAUAUAAUACAUGUAGACCACAGUAUACUAGAAACAACAUACUAAGUCAAGACACGCAAGGCACUUAGGAAAAAUCUUCUAAGUGUUACUUACAACCAAAGCGAGACAGAGAACAACUGGCAACUUCAUGGUGCUGCUAAGUGUGAGCACCUUCCAAAAACUUGUAACACUCUGGUCUUGGAGUGUAGUUAAGGUCUGAGAGAAUCAUUCGCUGCUUUGCCUUAUAUUCAAUUUUGACGACGGUGAUGUCAACCUAUUUAUAUUGCUACCUACUGCUACAUAAGGUGUUAUCCUUUAAGGUUUAAAAUCUAACUAGUUAUUACACUCAUCUCUUCCUUCAAUAUGCACAAUUACGAGGAUGCUUAUACUUCACUUAGUAAUACAUAGGUUCGUAAGAAACGUGUCUUGGUGGGAGUCUGUGGUUAAUCAUCCUUACACACGAGCAUGUGUAGCUUUUCUCUGUCCUUCUAGCUUGCACAUUACUGAGGCUAAUAGUGGGUCACUGUUUUGUGAGGCAUUAAACUUGCAUAAGCUGGCCCUAUCUCUAUUUUAUUAAAGUACAUCUGUAAGUUUGUAGUAACUUGAUCAAUACUAGAUAUGGUAAUAUUGAUUAUUAAUAGGUCCAUUAAUCACGCUGCCUUAGUCACCUUUACUCAACGCUCAGGUGCCUCGGCAUCAGGGCAGGCACUGUCCUGUUUGUGACCAGGGAUGAUGUAAGUGGGUGACGUGGCCUCACAAGGGGUCAUGUCAGAGGUGCUACUAUGAACUGUGUAGGCACUGCUUCAUCAGGACAAAGCUAUAGGCCUGGGUGCCUUGGCUAUGACACAUGAAACUUAGUAAAUGCAUGUAAUCUCAGCUUAAAUAAGAGCACAAGACAGCAGCUGGAUUUAGGGCAUUAACUGUGUCUCUGGCUCUCCUUCACUAUUUGUAUUGGCCAGAUUUGUUGUAAUAGUUCUGUUUUGUAUCGCAGUUUGUUACAUGGGUGAGUUAUCUUUAUGAGAGCAUCUGAUAUUUUCACUCUUCUUCCUCUACAUAUCUUUUCUUGCAUCUCUGGUUUUCAUUCACCUAUUUCUGUACUUGCAUUUAUUGGUUUUGUAGGAAGAGUUUUGUUAUGUAUUGCAUUUUCUGGUGUGGGUGAGUUGAAAGUAACCUUGAUAGUUUCACAUACUUCUUCCUCUAGACAUAUUUUUCCCUGUGUCUCUGGUUCUUCUUCACUUAUUUCUAUGUACCUGGAUUAGUCAUAUUUGUAGGAAUAGUUUUUUUUAUGUGUUGCAGUUCCUGGUGGGGGUGAGGUGAAGGUGUGUAUCUGACAAUUUCAUACAGUUUUUCCUUUAGAUAUUUCUUUUUCUGUGUCUCUGGCUCUCCUUCACUAUUUCUAUAUACCUGUAUGUGUUGGAUUUGUAGGAAUAGUUUUGUUAUGUGUUGCAGUUCCUGGUGUGGGUGAGGUGAAGGUGUGUAUCUGACAAUUUCAUACAGUUUUUCCUUUAGAUAUUUCUUUUUCUGUGUCUCUGGCUCUCCUUCACUAUUUCUAUAUACCUGUAUGUGUUGGAUUUGUAGGAAUAGUUUUGUUAUGCAUUGCAGUUUGUGGUAUGGGUGAGGUGAAGGUGUGUGUGGGAGUAUCUGACAGUUUCACACAGUUCUUCCUCUGCAUCUUUUCCUGUGUCUCUGUGGAGUUCCAAAGUAAAAAAGCAGAGUGUAUUAAAUCCAAAAUCCAUGUUUUGAGAAAAUGGAUCAUAAAGAUUGCUAAUAUUGAAGAAAAAAUGUAGAAUUAAUGCAAUCUAUCUUUUUAAAGUUGGGUAUAUUGUAAUGGCAAGAUAGUUGUAACCCACCAUAAGUAUUACAUCUGUCGCUUUCUGCCAAGCUUUAUAUUGCAGAGUUGAUGUGUCCUGGCUCUCCUCCUCCAGGUCACUCACUCACAUCCUCUCCAACACUUGCUUUCAAUCCCAAGUUCUCCCAUAUGCAGGUAUUCUCACAGUGUCUCUAACUAAUACUUGCACGUGUAUUUAUUGAUAAGUGGUCAAGAAAUGUACUAUAGCAGAGCAGCAUGUAUAUUUUUGUUAUGGAAAAGUAUCUCUAUGUAUAUUUUUUCAUUCUAUUUAUGUUUAUUUAGUGUUAAGUUCAUGGCUGUUGUUAUGAGAAAGUGUCUAUAUUAUAUUUUAUGAUAUUUGUGUUUAUACAGUGUUAUGUUUAUGGUUUAGUUUGAUAUUAAUAUAGUUUGUAAGGUGCUUGAAGUCUGCAGAUCUGUCAGUGUUCAGAUUAUGAAGUCAUCUUGUUUGCUUUUUAUUUUUUAUUUUUAUUUUUUUAGUUACCAGUGUUUAGAUUUCAAAUUAAGUCGGUUUAUUUUUUUUUUUCUUACCAGUUUUCAAAUGAUUAAGUCAUUUUAUGUACCUAGUCUAUUCUUUUUUAGUGAAGUAGUUUGAUAUCAAGAGGUUUAUGAGGCACAAAAAAAAAGAUGGAUUAUUUAGACAAGAGAUAAAAAAAAGGGAAAAAAAUGAAUUAUGUAGUUUUAUGUAGAGAUGAAGCAUGAUAAAAGAUUAUGUAGUUGUGUGUAGUUUGAUAGUAAGACAGUUUAAGAUACAAAAAUACGCCAUUGAGACAAGAUAGAUGGAAGAAGAUAAAGAAAAUAACGAGUGGAUAUAAAGUUUGAUAUUAAGACAGUUGAAAAAAAAAAAAAAAAACAUUGAGACAAGAUAGAAGAAUAUUAAGAGAAAAAAUAUGAUAUGUAAUACUUUGAUAUUAAGAGAAUUUAUAGAAUACAAAAAAAUAUAUAGAAUCGAGACAAACUAUAUAGAAAGAAGUAUAAGAAAUAAAAGAUAAUUCGGGAUUACCAUAAAUUAAAACCCAUAAAAAAAAAAAAAAAGAAAAUGGGUAAGAUAAGAGAAACCAAGACAAAAAAUAAAUAAACAUUACAGGGUGUUUCAAAAUACGAGGCAAGGAAGUUAAGGAAAUCGUAAUAGUGAAUGCACUACACUUUUGAAACUUUAGUAGUGUGCAUGUGCGGCUGGGAGAAGCGGGGGGUGGGUGGGGCGGAGGGGGGAAGAGGGAGAGAGGAGCAAUGGGGAGGGGGAGAGGAGAGCAAGGGACGUGAGAGGAAGAGGAGGAGGAGGAGGCGUCCAUAUCAGUAGUGAAUCUCUCCCCUUUAAAGUUAUAUUUUCUCCUCCUCCUCCUCCUCUCCUCCUCUCUCAAUGCCUGCCUCUUUUUUUCUUUCUUUCCUUCUUUCUUUCCCUUUUAUUCAUGAAGGCCAGUGCUCUAUUAAGUUAUAUUUGGGUUGUGAGGUGUGGUCUGUGUUGGGGCUCGGCAGGUGUGUGUGUGUGUGUGUGUGUUUGUAGGACCUAGUGCGCGGAAGAAGCAUUGCGACAGCGUGAAAUGAAUACAAAAUAAUAAUGUAUUGUAUAGAUGAGAAAAAAAUAAAAUAAAUAGAUAAAAUGAGUGUAUGCUGAUAGAUGUAGUGUAUGUGUAUAUGUAUGUAUGGUGUAUAUUUUGUAUGUAUCGCAGUGAGUGUUACGAAAGCUUGAAUAACACAACAGAUAAAAUUAAAUAACGUAUAGCGAAGAUUAAAGGAGUGUAUUAUACAGUGUAUGUAUGUAUGUAUGUAUGUAUGUAUAGUAGUGAGUGUUUGGGAAUUGUAGCUGGCAAAACGGAUAAUAUGAAUGAAAUAAAGUUGCUGCAACAUUCAGAGUUGAACGAAAUGUUGCGAAAUACGAACAAAGGAAACUGUGUAACGAAUGUAAAACGAAGGAAAGACUUGUGUUAGAAAAAUAAAAUAAAAGGGUACAGAUACAGGGAAUAUUUAAAAUUGGCUGCGUAAAGUAAAUCCUAAUAAAUUGUACUGAAUGCAAAGGAACAAAGAGGACAUGCUUUGACAGAAAAAGAAAAAAAAAAAGAGAUUAGAUGAAUGGUUUAGAGAACGCAAAGGAAGAAAGAGGAGGGAAAUGACUUUCGGAAGAAAAGAAAACGAAAGAACAAAAUUAAAUAACAUGAAUGAUUUAGCCAGUGCAACGAAAAUUAGAAGAAAGAAUAAUUUGGCAGAGAAAAAAGGAAAAAAAUAACUAUUAUUAUAAUGCUUAAGUGCGUGAAAACGCAAAACGGAAGCAAUAUGAAUAAAUCCAGUGCUUUAACAGUCGCAAAUAAAAUAAAUAAAUAAAUAAAUAACUUCAAAGACCUUCCCUUAAAUCUACAGUUUAUACACCUAAUGGGUGGGUGGCUUUAUGGUUCAAGGUUAGAUCAAAGUUCUCGUGGCCUUCAUAACUUUACCAGUUCGAAUCUGACUCACGGUGGUUUCUUGGCGGGAGAAGUUGCGCUGUCUCGUAACCUCACAAUGCGCCGUAUUACUUCACUGUAGCGGCCAUAAUCUUUUCACUGCGAUACGAAACAAUUAACAACACCAGAAGUAAUGGUUGAUAUCUUUGUAAGCAUCUACAAGAAAAAAGAGAAUGAAAGAGAAUAGAUUUUGCAAUUUCUACCGCGUUUAAAGAUUGGAGGUGGCUGUAAAACAAGUAAAGGCGUCUCAGUGAUUAGUAUUUAAGGAAGGAUGUACCAAAUAGCAGCCAGAAGGUUCAAAUUCUUUCUUUGUAGCAACCAUGGACAGAAAU